UAGGAGAUGGAAACAUGACAGGUGGCGCAAGGAAAAACAGAAAAUUCCUAUUCCUGCAGUAAUGGCGUGGAAGAAGUACAAGUAGAACAUCUCAGCAUCUCACGUUUCCAACUUCAUGGGCACUUCUCACCACUAUUGUAGACUCCAAUUCCUUCCUAAGAUCAACCUCGGUGCUACUAACAUACUGUUUAGGAACACUAGCACUGCUCUAGCCCGCCUUCUCAUACCCAUCACCUCGUCUCAACACAACCCCACCACCAUCACCAGUAGCAGGAGACAGAAAAGUGUACGUAGCAGAAGCUACAGCAGUGAUCACCAAAAAGAAACCCAAACAAUGGAGCACGUAGUUGUCGAUGGCUCUGAGGUUGUAGUCAAGGACCCUCAAUCCCUUUGCCACAAGAUUUCUUCUAUUCGCCUUGCGGGUCCCGAAAAGCUCCAGGUGAUUGCAGAUUUUGAUGCUACGUUAACGAAGUACUGGAUCGAUGGACGUCGAGGGCAAAGUAGCCACGGUCUUUUGCGGCAAGGGAGUCCUGAAUAUGAUGAGAAGAGGCAGAAGUUAUAUGAAUACUACCAUCCUUUGGAAUUUGAUCCAACGAUUCCACUCGAUCAAAAAGCAAAACUCAUGGAAGAGUGGUGGGGAAAAAGUCAUGCUCUCCUCGUUGAGGGAGGCCUUACCUAUGAUGCAAUUAAGAAAUCUGUGACUAAUUCUACAAUUGCAUUUAGGGAGGGUGUAGUUGAACUAUUCGAGUUUUUGGAGGAAAAAGAUGUUCCAGUUCUUGUAUUUUCUGCUGGUCUUGCCGAUAUAAUAGAGGAGGUAUUCAGGCAGAAACUUCAUAGAUCCUUCAAAAAUGUCAGGGUUGUAUCCAACCAGAUGAUAUUUGACCAGAAUGGCCAGCUAGUGUCUUUCAAAGGAAAGACAAUUCAUGUUCUGAAUAAGAAUGAGCAUGCGCUUGAUAUGGCUGCACCUGUUCAUGAUAGAAUUGACAAUGUCAAUGGGCUAAAUGAAGACAAUUCCUUUGUAAAGAAGAGAACUAAUGUGCUGCUACUUGGUGAUCACAUUGGAGACCUGGGAAUGUCUGAUGGUCUCAACUAUGAAACGCGGAUCUCUGUUGGAUUUCUGAAUGACAAUGUGGAAAACUCUCUUGAGAGCUAUCAGAAGGCCUUUGAUGUAGUUUAUCUGAACGACACAUCCAUGCAGGGAGUAGUAAAGCUUGCCUCCCAGCUAUGCCAGACUUGAAAGCGCUUAAGCUGUAGCACCUCCAAUCACUAUGUCCAGCAUCUCAAAUUACAAAAGAAAUUUCAAGAUGAAGGUUUAAAUUGUUUGCAUAGAUUUCCCAAUAGGAUUGUUGUCUCAACUAUUCCUAGUUGUGGUUAUUGGUGCCCUUAAGUUUUUGGUAGGACUAUGAGUAAUGCUUGUGAUUUUUUAAAUUAAGCUUAGUGCUGUCAGAACAUAGGUUAUUGGAUGAACUAAAUUAUGUGUUAUAUCAAGUUGCAUGCUGACUGCCAUGGCAGAAUCCUAUUUUGACAAAUUAGCUAGAGAAAAUUAGGCCUGCGGAAUCUGAUGAAUUGGAUAUCAUUUGAGUCUUGUUUCUCUUAUUAGCUUCUGCUUGGCCACAUGUAGAUGUAGCCUUUGUUCUGCCUGGCUUUGGUCUGCUUUUGUACAUUCAGGCAUGAUGCAUAUCCUUGCUGGUAUA